CAGCGCGGAGAGGGAGUUCAUACGCGGGGAGGGGUGGAGGCGCACGGCACGACUGCUGCCCGAUUUGAACAAUUAUCCCUGAUGAGCGCAGAUUGGUUUCACUUAACAGGCGCAGGUGCGGAGGAUUUGUGAUGCGGCGCAGCUGAGCGUUUUUCCAGGUUUGUGACUGAACACUGGCGCAUCUUAUGUUGAACGUUAACUCUUCAGCGGACAAGGACUUUAUUUUCCCCCCCUCCUUCGGGACAGGAUGCGUGCUACAAAAUGACAUUCCGUCCAGUCUGGCAGACUCGAGCCGAAUUCAGGAGCAUCGCUGAAUACAUUUUGGACCCACGCUGAUCAAAUUUGACCGCGCUGUCAUUGCCCUGUCCAGCCUAAAAGGCUCUUCGGAAGCUGCGGGGGAAGGAAAGGGAAAAAAAAAAAAAAAAAAAAAAACUAUUCGCUUCACUACUCUUAGGUCUGCGCACUUGGACGACUUGAAAUGAGGACCACAUCCCGGCUGUACUCCGUGUGAAGAGACAAGCCGGGCGGCAGCUUUCCCUUCGGCUCUCAAGGACGCGCCAGAAAAAAGUGGCCCCCGGCCGAGCGAGCUGCGGAGCAUGGAGCGGGACGACUCCGAAACCGUGUGCCCGUCCAAAAAGACGAUAAUCGCGAAGAUCUUCAAAGUUCGCAAGAGGAGGGAGAUGCUGUUCGUUCAGGUCUGCUUCAUCUGCAGUGUCCUCUUCGUGGCAUGGAGCAUGUCGGCACUGUUAACUAAGACAGGGCAUGGGAUGAUUGUGGAGGGACAUCCAGACCUUGAACACUGGGGUAGAAGACUAAUGGCUUCCAGAUCUGAAAAUGACACAGAACCAAAGAACUGUUCAGAGCCAGCAAUACACGAGUUCCCCGACGACCUUUUCACCAACGACGAACGAAAGAGUGGAGCCGUCCUGCUGCACAUCGCAGCGACUCUUUACAUGUUUCUGGCACUCGCCAUAAUUUGUGAUGAAUACUUCGUGACGUCACUGGAGAAGAUCUGUGAGAAACUAGACCUCAGUGAAGAUGUUGCUGGAGCUACCUUCAUGGCAGCUGGCAGUUCUGCGCCAGAGCUCUUUGCAUCUGUUAUCGGUGUCUUCAUCACCCAUGGAGACGUGGGGGUGGGGACCAUCGUCGGCUCAGCAGUUUUUAACAUCCUAUGCAUCAUCGGUGUGUGUGGAAUCUUCGCCGGACAGGUGGUGGUGCUGACCUGGUGGGCUGUUUUCAGGGACUCCUUCUACUACAUCCUAUCUGUUGUAGCUUUGAUUGCAUUCAUCUAUGACGAGAAGAUAGUUUGGUGGGAGAGUCUGGUGCUCGUCAUCAUGUAUGCAGGCUACAUCCUGAUCAUGAAAUUUAACUCCAGCAUGCAGCGGUUUUUCAUGGGGAAGUCUAACAAAAAUGUGGCCAAUGGUAACGCUGCAACCAGCAGCGAGAUGGAGGACGUCAAGCCGAGCAAGGCUUACAGCCGCGGCUCAGUGGUGAUGGUGGAUGAGAUGAUGAAUGCCAGCCCAUCAAAGUUCCGCUUUCCUGAGGCGGGACUCCGUGUCAUGGUCACCAGUCACUUCGGGCCCAAAACCCGCCUGCGCAUGGCCAGUCGGCUCAUCAUUACAGAGCGCCAGAAGUUGGUGCAGGCGUCCAAUGGUGUGGAGACGCAAGUGAUUGACGGGAAGGUGGAAAUCGAGAACGGAAACGUACCAGAGGACAAACCCAAGGAGGCAGAAGAAAAUGACACAAUUUCACCGUUUCAUAUUCCAAGGGGCAUGGGCAGCAAGAUCAAGUGGCUGAUCUCAUGGCCGCUGCUCCUGCUGCUGUUCUUCACUGUCCCGAACUGUGCCAAGCCUCGCUGGGAGAAAUGCUUCAUGGUCUCCUUCAUUCUGUCCACUGUCUGGAUUGCAGUCUUCUCGUACUUGAUGGUCUGGAUGGUCACUAUAAUCGGCUACACCUUGGGCAUCCCGGAUGUUAUCAUGGGCAUCACGUUCCUGGCUGCUGGCACGAGCGUUCCAGACUGCAUAGCCAGUCUCAUUGUGGCACGGCAAGGUUUGGGAGAUAUGGCAGUGUCUAAUACAAUUGGCAGUAAUGUCUUUGACAUCUUGGUGGGACUCGGAGUUCCCUGGGCGUUGCAGACGAUGUGUGUGAACUAUGGAUCAGAGGUGAUGAUCAACAGUCGGGGACUGGUGUAUUCAGUGGUACUUUUGCUGGGAUCUGUGGCACUCACGGUGUUGGGCAUCCACAUGAACAAGUGGCAGCUGGAUCUCAAGCUGGGCAUCUAUGUCCUUGUCUUGUAUGCCGUGUUCCUCUGCUUCUCAAUCCUGAUCGAGUACAACGUCUUCACCUUUGUCAACUUGCCCAUGUGCAUGGAGGAUUAGAGCGCAGCAGCAUGCAACGAUUACCAAAACCUCAAAAACCCACUUUGGCAACCUGUUUUUUUUUUUUUUUUUCAAUAAACUGGACCUAUCUGGCGACUUUGUUUCCCCCCCCCCCUUUGCUUGCAGUCUUUAUUUGUAAGUGUUGAAUAGAAAUCUAAUUUUCCUAUAAGGCAGUGCUUUGUAGCUGUGAACUGUCUCCAAAUUAUCCAGCCAUCGCACAGCACUGGUCCUUUUUGCUUAUUCUUCCAGGCAUUGCCGUCAGCGUCAUGGUUUCUCUGUACGCCUGCUAACUUUCCACCCAUCAAGCAUGCCUUUAGAUGUCGUGGACCUCCAGAAUCAGAAGUGCCCCUUUUUGAUUUCACCGUUCUCACUUUAGAGUUUUCAGAUCAGAACAAUCUGUUCCCACAUCGAGCACUUACUAAACCCAAACUUUAUUAAAUGUAAAGCCAUUCUUGAACGAUUCGUGAAAUUACUACGGUCAGGAUUUUUUCCCCCCCCUCAAACCAAGAAAAGAGGGAAGAAGGUCCUGCACUGGCAUCUCUCCUCCUUUAGCUCGGACCCCCCCCCCACCCCCAGCAUGGCUUUAGGCAACAGGGAGCUGAUGCUGUUAGUGCUUUACUCCACCCCAACCCUCGCCUGCGUUCCUAAUCUGCUUUCCUAAAGAUCUUUUUGUCAGGACACUUUAAUUCAACAUGUAUCGCAGUCCAGAUCUAGUGACUGUGAUGGUGUUAUGCAUCUGCACCAGUGCACAAUGUAAAUUUGUAAACACUUUUUUUGUAUUUAUUUUUUCAAAAAAGAGAAGGUUUUGUCUAGUUUGAAAUAUAGAAACGAGCUUGUUGCAAAUGUCAGACAUCGUUUCUUUCACUGAAAGCUAAUUGCACAUUGAAAAUGCUUUUCUUGCUCUGUGUUGAGACUGAAACCUCUGAUGUGAGGUGUAACCUGGCUGAUGACAGCCCAGCCUUUCUGUUUGUCCUUCUGCACAAAUCAAGAUUGGGAGGGGAAAAAAAAUCUCAAUCCGUCUGAUGCAUCUUUUAGUCUUCAUCAAAUGAUUCUCAUUCAAAGAUGGCUGCAGAAGGAUGGUAGUUGUGCUUGUUGCAGUGAUGCACUCUGGCCUGUAGGGGCCACUGCAGCCCCUCUAUUAGUCCAGAGCGGGCAAUCAGUUCCACCAGUUAUCAGGGAAACUAAGAUGGACAGCUCCUGGAGACGGAGAUGAUCUUGCUUUUCUUUUUUUUUCUUGCGUUGUAUGUAGAUAUUGCACUUUAACAGCCGUCCUCUCAUUCUGAAUCAACUAGUGCUUCCUUCUGUGCGUUUGUACUUUCAGUGUAUACAUGUCUGUGUGACUGUGUGUGUGAAAGGGAAACUGUGUGUGUGUGUACGUGCUCAUUCUGGGCUCGCGUCAACUUUCUCAAACUGACUGGAACCUCUAACAAUUUGAGCACACCUGUAUCUGUCUGCAGUGCAUGCUGGGACACGAAAACGAAGCUCCUCCACAGCACAGCAAAAGGUCGAGGGCUUCCGGGCAGUUUCUAUGGCUACUGCCUGGCCCACUUUACA